AUGAAAGUCGAGAAUUCUCAUACCUUUGGUAAGGGGAAGAUUUGGGCCUCGAAAGCACCGCGAUGCCGCUCACUCCUGCCGCCUCGCCUGCACAGCCCCUUGGAACACGAACUUGGUGACACGCCUCUAAUCGCCAACCGCCAUUCCAUCCCAUCCCAAAUUGACGACGCACAUCUCUCCCCGACUCCAGCUCCCCCGCCCACCUCGUCGGAUCUCCCGACCAUGUCCGACACUCCCCGCGACGUUGGUCAAGACGACCACCGCGACUCCAACGACUCCAACCCCCCCUCAAACGGACCAGAGAAGAAGAAGAGUCGCCGCCCAGCAACGAUUAAAAGCAUGGCAACGGUUCUGCCGCUCUUCUUUGCUAUUGGAAUCAUAUUUGCGCCGAUUGGCGGUCUCCUUCUCUACGCCAACUCUCUUGUCCAAGAGAUUAAAAUCGACUACACAAAGUGCAUCGCCGAGGCUAAAGACGCCUUUGGCGACAUGCCCACCAAGUAUCUCGACGUGACCUUCAAGAAUGGCAGCAUCAACGACGUGCACCCACAGUGGCGCAAGGAAACCGGCGUCGCCGUCAACCUCAGCACCUCCGUCACCGUUAGCACCGACAUCUGUCGCCUGCGCUUCAGCAUCCCGGCCGACAUGAAGCCACCCGUGCUCUUCUACUACCACCUCACCAACUUUUACCAGAAUCACCGCCGCUACGUUGACUCAUUUGACGCUGCGCAGCUCAACGGCGCCGCGCGCUCCUACAGCGAAAUUGACUCGUCCAAGUGCACUCCUCUCAAGGUCAACACCACCUCCAACAAGCCCAUCUUCCCCUGUGGCCUCAUUGCCAACUCGAUGUUCAACGACACCUUUUCCAGCCCGACGCUCUUGAACCCGCCGGGGUCUAACACCCCCCGCCUGUACGACAUGAACAACAGCACCAACAUUGCGUGGGCCAGCGACAAGGACCUCUACUCGACAACGAAAUACACCUACGAAGAGGCCGUGCCUCCGCCUAACUGGCUCGCGCGGUACCCCAACGGCUACACGGCCGAGGAUCCCCCCCCCAACCUUAAGAACUGGGAGGCCUUUCAGGUCUGGAUGCGCACCGCCGCCCUGCCCGACUUUAGCAAGCUCUACCAGCGCAACGACGCCGAUCCCAUGGAAAAGGGCACGUACGAGAUUGCCAUUCACGACUACUUCAAGGUGAGCGAGUUUGGUGGCACCAAGUCUGUCCUCAUCACCACCCGCACAGUCAUGGGCGGCCGCAACCCCUUCCUCGGCAUCGCCUACAUCGUCGUCGGCGGUGUCUGCAUCAUCCUCGGCGGCAUCUUCACCGUCACUCACCUCAUCAAGCCCCGCAAACUCGGCGACCACACCUACCUCUCGUGGAACAACACCCCAACCGCCAAGUCAGGCGGCAGUGGCGGCACCGCCGUGGCCUCGGGCCGCGAGGUACGCCCCGGGGAAGCCUAG